AUGACUGGUCUUAGUACAGAUAGCGGUGUGAAGACGACAAAAGCUACUCUGCUGGAGGCUGUGAAGCAGCGGUUUAACGGCAUAUACACCGAGCCUUUGUACUUCUUGGCAACGAUCCUGGACCCAAGGUACAAAGAUCGCUUUUUUGAUCAAGCCACCAAACAGCGAGCAACAGAAAUGCUGCUGAGACAACUGAACAAGAUGACAGAACUUGAAAAUAGCACGGAGAAAGAGAGAAAUGAGACAGAGCCCCCUUUAAAAAAGACGUGCACCGAGAGCGACGGAGGCGCAACAUCCCUGCUUGACAUGUAUGGUGAAAUUCUUGAAGAAAACAUGGCCACAGAACACCAGACGCACCAAACAUCUCCAGUAGGACAGCAGGUGAAUGCAUAUCUAAGUGAGCCACCCAUUUCCAGGAGUGAGAGCCCACUGCAGUUUUGGAAAAGCAAUAUGUCCCGUUUUCCAGCCCUGGCCCAAGCUGCACGCAAAUACCUGUCAGCUCCCUGUACCAGCGUUGACAGCGAACGUCUCUUCUCAGCGGCAUCAAAUGUGAUUGAUGAAAAGAGAAACAGACUUAUGUGUGAGAAAGCUGAAAUGCUUCUCUUCAUUAAAAAAAACAUCCCACUCUUACAUUCACAGAUGAAGUAGCAAGACAAUCCUGUAAC